CCUUGUGGGAUAACAGAUCUCGUUGGGAAUGCAUAACUGGAUUUUUGAAAAAUGUAGUUGAGGGUACUGAGGCAGCCCCGUAGUUUAUAUAGAGCCUGGAAUCGUAACCAUAAAUGGUUUGAUUGGAACGUGAUCGUGACGCCAGAUUAGCAAGCUGUGAUGCGACCUCAUAUUACCGAAUAACAUUCGACCUAGAUUAGAGGAUAUGCCCCAACAACGAUGCUUUCCCUUGGCUUAGUGCACCAUAAUAUAAAACCAUCACACCGUGUAGUUUGUUAGAAACGGACUGGAGGUGUGUUUUGGUGAAAUAACGCCCGCAUAGAACGUUUUGUGAGGUAAAAUCACAUCGCCCCCCUCCCCCAUAUGAGGGAAUGAUGGGAUAGGCUUUUGUUCAUGGAGCACUCCACGCCACGAAUUAUCAACAUUUUGGUCCCUGUUUUUCGAGGUGCAGGAGUGCCAUGUGACUUUGCAAAGUACCAUGUACGCGUGUGAUUGACCAUGGAGGACACUCUGGUGGCGGGAAGAACACCACGAGUCGUUCGCGAGCGCGAGUGGGAGGCCGUCACGUCCGAGAGCCUGACGGAGUGGCUGCUCGAGGCCAUCCACAAGAUCAAGAAGCAAAAACAGCGUCCGUGUGAAGAGCGUAUCUGCAAUGCUGUUCAGGCGAGUCACCGAGUAGCAAGAGACCUUAUUCUGCAACACCUCGAGACCAGCGUUCAAGAGGGCUCCAUCCUGAAGGUCUUCAACAAGGGCGUCUGCUCGUACAAGGACCCGCAGAAGUCCCCCGGGUCCAAGUCUCGCAGUUCCUCGUCUCACGCACACAAGGUGGACAUUGUGAACCUGUUAAAGGAUGCCAUCUGUGAGCUACAGGAGCCGUCGGGGUCUAUUCUCAAGAACAUUGAGAAGUACCUGUGGAAAAAGCACCAUGCCGAGCUCCGAGACAAGUCCGAGUUCAGCAACCAGCUGAGGCUCGCCGCGAAACGGGAGGUGAACGCCGGGCGUCUGGUGAAGGACGGGAGGCUCCUCAGACUGCCGGCGAAGAAACUGGACUUGGGCGCCGGCCCGUCGUGUUUCGACUAUCUCAGUAGUAGCCCGUCUUCGCCGGGGUCGGUUUCCAGUAUAGACAUUGUUGUGCCUGAUACAGACAGGACCAACAGAGUCAUUAGUAUGGAGGAAAAGCCGCGUGCGUCCCCCAUGCCUGUCUGUUCCUUCUGCCUGGGCACAGCAGAGUGCAAUAGGGACGGCCAGGCAGAGGAGCUGUUGUCUUGUGCAGAUUGUGGCAAUAGUGGUCAUCCGUCAUGUUUAAAGUACUCCCCACAACUGACAGCGAAAGUUCGCAGCAUGCGGUGGCAGUGUAUCGACUGUAAGACCUGUACUUCGUGUGAAAAUAAAAAUGAUCUGGACAACAUAUUGUUCUGUGAUGCCUGUGACCGUGGAUUUCACAUGAAAUGCUGCAACCCUCCACUGACCAAGAUGCCUAAAGGUAACUGGGAGUGCAGUUUAUGUGAGGAUCAUCAGGAACCUGUGAAUGACCAAGAGGAACUGAAGCAAGUGGCUAACAGUAUCAAGAAAAAGUACAAGAAGAAAAGCUCAAGCACGUCACAUAUACCAUUGAUGAAGAAUGGUGCAGAGGGGUCUUCAUGUUCACAAGCCAGAUCGAAGCAGCCUUACUUUGCAGACAUCAGGGACAAGACCAAGGGACAAGGUAGUCCAGCUCACAGGAAGGACUCUUCCAAGGGGAGGGGGGGUCAUGAUAAAAGAUUGUCCAGUGACGAAGGCUCUGUGGCAGCUAAACCCAAAGGUUUAGUUGACGGCCUUACCCGAUUCUUUACACCUGGCAACAAGAGAAAGACGUCCCGGUCGCAAAGUGUCCAUGAUGAUGUGUUUAGCCUUUCUUGUGAUGAGGCUAUCUUGACUGGCAGUGCCAGCCAUGAUGGAACCAAUGGUCAGGAGGAGCCCAUAACAGCCGCAGGCCUGGUAGACACAACCUUCCGACCGCAGGGCCACUAUCAAACCCCAGGAAGAGGGCAGGUCAAGGGUCUGUUCGACGGACUUUCACACAUUUUCACUACACAAGGGGAAACAAGGAAACGGAGCCUACCGUUAUACGCCCCUCCGAAAAAGAUCAGUAGACCAGACAAACACUUUGACACGCCGUUUGGUUUUCUCAGUUCAGAAGAGGGUUUCCAAAGUUCAGAUUUGGAAAGUUGUGGGCAGGGGCCAGCUUUGGAUUUGCUUGGUGAAACUCGGGAUAAGGUCAUGAUGUUGGCGCCCAAGUCAAGACAGGAUGACACGCUGGCUCCCGAACCAUCGGGCGCUGGCAGCCCCUACAAGGGGCGUGGCGGAGGAAGGGACAGAAAACCGUUGGGGUCGGGCAGCGACAAGGCAGUUCUACCCGGAGUCAACGAUGAGGACUUGAAACUCUUCAAGAAAGCUCAGGAAAUCGCGUUAACGCAAAUGCAACCCAUCGCUCCAGAACUGUCUAUAGAGGCAGGAACGCGCUGCCCCGCCGUCAUCGAGUUUGGUCGACACGAGAUUCACACCUGGUACUCCUCGCCAUACCCACAGGAGUACGCCAGGUUGCCAAAGUUAUUCUUGUGUGAGUUUUGUCUCAAGUACAUGAAGAGUAGAAGUAUCCUCAAGAGGCAUGUGAUCAAAUGUGGCUGGCACCAUCCACCGGCCAAUGAAAUCUACCGCAAGGAUAACCUGUCUGUCUUUGAGGUGGAUGGUAAUGUCAACAAGAUCUACUGUCAGAACCUGUGUCUGCUAGCCAAGCUGUUUCUGGACCACAAAACCCUGUACUAUGACGUGGAACCCUUCCUGUUCUAUGUACUGACUUUCAACGACAAAAAGGGAUGCCAUCUCGUUGGCUACUUCUCCAAGGAAAAACACAGUCAACAGAAGUACAAUGUGUCCUGUAUCAUGACCAUGCCACACUUCCAAAGGAGAGGAUUUGGACGCUUCCUCAUCGAAUUCAGUUACCUGUUGUCCCAGCGUGAGGGCCAGCCUGGGUCCCCAGAGAAACCGCUGUCUGACCUGGGGCGCAUCAGCUACACCGCUUACUGGCGCAGCACCAUCCUCGAGUACUUAGCAAAACACAAGGGUGACCACAUCAGUAUAAAGGUCAUCAGCGAGGCCACUGGGAUGUGUCCACAUGACAUCGCAGCCACGCUACAGAGCCUCCAUAUGGUCACCAGGAAGGACGACAGGGUGAUGAUCCGUGUGAGGAAGCGUCUGGUGGAAGAACACAUGGCCCGUCUGGAGUCGGCUGCCGAGCGGCGUGCGGAGGUGGACCCUGACGCCCUGCGCUGGUCUCCCCUCAUCGUGUCUAACACUGCCAUCCUGGAGGAGGAGAAGAGUGCCGAGAGAGAGAUGGAGCGUAUGGGAGCCCUGGUGAGGGACAUUGAGCAGGAACAGAAGGUCCACAGACAGCCCAAGCCUCACACCAACGUCAACAGAAGUGUCAGCAGGGAAGCAGUCAAAGAGAAACCCACAGACAAACAGAAGGAAGGACGUCAGUCAUCCUCCAAAAAGAGUAACAGGAAAAAGAAGUCCAGCUCAGGGAGGCACAAACACCACAAGUCCAACCGUAAGAACAAGAAAGCAGCCAAGCUGGAAGAGGGCACUUCUUCUGAGGCAAGAACCAGCAGCCCAGAGCGGACAGCUAACAAGUCCUCUGACUGUGCAGACAGUUUGGUAUACGAUGGUGCAAGCAAGUCAGACUCUGGCCAGACCAAGAACAGGACCAAGAGAAGCCAUCAAGGGCAAGGCAAAGACUCGUCGUCCGCUCUGGACCAACACAACCAUGUCAGCCAGGACGAUGAACCUCCUCACAAGAAAAAGAAGGGGAAGAGCGACCGUCAGGGACAACAGAAGAGCAAAAGAAGCUCAAGUUCAAAGAACGAGCACAGGCACUCCAGUAAGAAACAAAGAGAAAGCAGGCACAAGUCUGGGAGGAAACCAGGCAGACCGAGGAAGCACCCUGUAUCUGACCACACGUCAGCAUCAGGCUCACACAAAACUGGACUAGACGGAGAGUUUGCAGACAGAGGCAGCUGUUCGCUCAUGACGCAGACACUGUCAUCGGGGCUGGACGACGUCACCAACUGUCCCAACCUGUCAGACUGCCUGGAGGACUCGGAUGAAGAGGACGACAGGAAAGAGACAACAACGGUCCCCGUUCCGGAGACGAACGGCAAGGAAGAGGAGGACACUGUCCCAGAGGAAGUUAACAUGGUGCAGGAAGAAAAAGAACCAGAAGAAGUAGCAGAAGAGGAAGAAGAAGAGCAGACAGAGAGAAAAGACGGCCCUGAAGAAGUUGUGAAUGGAGAGGAGGCAGCAGAAGUGUGCCUCAGUGAGCCUGAACCCUCCUCCCCACAACAACAACCAGAGGAAGAAGAGGAGAAGGAACAGGAAGAGGAACAGCCAGUGUGUUCUCCUAUAGAGGAGGAGGUACCGGUUCCUCAGGUGGACACUGAAGGCAACGCUGCUGCACAAUGUUUGGAGGACAGUAUAUCAGACACCUGUGCAUCCACGCCUACAGAACAACCUGCUGUCACCAUGACAGACCAGCCUUACCCCGUGGAUACCCUGUCCCCCCUCCCGCAGAACACCCCCUCCCCGCAACCACAACCCCCCCAGGAGAAAAGCGAGGUGCAGGUUGUUCAGGUGUCGCAGGAGCAGGCCGUACCACCGGCGCCGCAGGAGCACAGCAGUCCCGAGAGGAUCCUGGACACCUGCGUGCCCCCCAGCGCCCCCCAGCAGCUGCCUCCCAAACUGCAGAGCGACCACAGCGACUACGGCAGUGAUGCCAACAGUCCCAACCUGGAGUCCCCCAGGGUGAUGAAGCCAGCACCAGCAGACAUCGCCGUCAACAGUGACCGACCAUCUCCUACAGUCAUCCACACCCUGUCCGACAGACCGGCUUCAUGUGAACAACAACAACAACAACACACGGUAGUACAAACUGGAAACAUGAUGACCAAAGAACAGUUGUGUACGCAGACUGGACCGCCCAGUAUCCAGCAGACUCCCACCCAGUCUCCCCACGCCGUCAGUCACCAGAGCACCAACCCGUCUCCGCUCAGGCCGGCCAGCGCCGGCACAGGGUCCUCCUCCUGUCACAACAGCCCCAUGCUGCCCUGUAGUAUGAACAGCCCUGCUGUGGACAACGGCAGCAACACACAGCCGUCAUCUGUACCCAGUCCUUCUAUGGGCAACAUCCAACACCAUGGGUCCAUACAGGACGGGAAUACAUACAUGAGGAUGAGCCCUGGUGUUGGACAGCAGCUGUCCUCUGGGUCAGCAGGUAGCAGCUGUUCCCUCUCUGCCAACACGUCCAGUUCUGCGCUGCCCCCUGCCUCUGGUAUGGCCAUGGUGGACAGCAGUAACACCGGCGUGGCGCCGGCCAGAAUGAUGUACAGUACCACCUCCGUGUCCACCAACUGUAACAUGGCCAUCGUGUCCAGUGCUGACUGUAGUCUGAUGAUGGAUAACUCCCACUUACAACAAGGCUACAGCAUGCCCAUCCACACCACAAACUAUUCCAGUAUGGACCCCACGCACCACGUACAGCCUGCCGUGCAGAACUGUCCCCUGAACUACGGUCAGAUGCCCGCACAGCACGCCCUCAUGGAGACUUCUUGCCAAGUGUCUAACGCCUACCUGGGGAUGCAGGACAACGGGACGGGGCCUGGCGGAAACCACAAUGCCUACAGCAGCAUGGGGACGAUGUUACGCGGACGGGAAAGUCCCAACACGAGCACCAGCUUCAGCCUUGCCAAACUGCAACAGCUCACCAACGGCAUUAUGGACGAAUCGCAAUUACGUAUGCCGUCUCCGGGCUCCUUGCACAACCAGCCGGGGAUGACCCCUCCUCCUAACCUCACCCCUCCCCCUCCGCUAGCAAUGACUCCCCCCUCCCCCGUGCAACGUAACAUGACCCCUCCUGUCCACAACAGGUCUGCCCCCAGUCCCGGCGUGCAAGGCCACGUCAUCCAGACCAACAUGAACAUACAGAACAAGUCCAACGUACCGGUUCACUUCGUCCCCCAUGCAGCCGGCCCCACCCCAGCAAUACCGCCCGCAGUACAGACCGGGCCCCGGCCCACCCCUCCCCUCCUCCCGCCAUCGCACCAUCAGCCCCAUGACCGGCUACAGCGCCGUCAACAUGAACGGUUACCGCCUGGCGCAGCCCAUCAUGAACAGCACGUACCAGCCCGUCAACCCCGCGUACAUGGACCAGGCGGCGCGCGUCCCGGUCCAGAUGGGCGUCAUCAACAUGCCCCCCCACCCCCCAACAACAGCUGCACCACACCCGCCAUUCCAACAUCAUGUACAGCCCCGCCCCUAAUCCGUACGCCAUGAAUGGCCGUCUGAACUCCAUGAACACUGGUAUGCAGCGGUGACUUAGGUCUAGGUGUGGAGACCAACUAUCUGGGUAUUAGGAAAGUGGAGAUGGGACCUUUCUCUCCGCUAUUUGUAGGAAUCGUCUGCUUUGUUACUCUCGUAUGUUUUAUCCUAUUUCAAAUGUAUCUUGAUGAGAGAGCUGCAAGUGAUGAAAAGAGUUGAUUAAAAACCUGAGAGGACGACUUUCACUCGAUGUACAUGUCUAUUGUUGAAGACUUCUCUUUUUGUAUAACUAAAUAUUUGUGUAUAGCUUACCCUUACCACAUAUGAUUUUCCACGUUUUUCACAAGUUUCAGGGACAUUUGCUAAUUUUCACCUGUAGGUCAUGAGUAUGGCAUGAUUGACAUGUAGGACAUGAUGGUAGGUAGUGGAAGCUGUUUAAAAGUUGUUCAUAAAUGGAGCAUUCCAUUGAUACUCUGUCGAACAUGAUGUACCAUAUCUUGCUGUUUAUACAUGAUAAUUAAGAACUCAUACAUUGAGAAGUGACUGCUCGCAAAAUUAAAUGUGAAAUGCAAUGUUGCAA